CGGGGAUCACCUGGGCCGCCCGGGGCCCUGGGGCAGGGGCGGGACGGCCGCCCCGACGGCGAGCGCCCUGCACUCCUACAGCGCGGCUCCCGCGGCCGCGCCUGGCCUUGGCCCUGGGCCCUGCCGACUGCAGGGAAUAAAGGCUCAGUGACCGCCAGUUCUGCUCUGGAGCUCACCUGCCUCUCUGAGCCCCCAGCGACCGGCUCAAGCCUCCCCCAGGAUGGACACGUGGACGGUACUGCUCAUCCUGCAAGCCUCCCUGGUGCUCCCCGGGUCCAUGGGCACCAGAACCAACACCAGGACUGCCCCCACCCCCAUCCUGCGUUUUGUGGCCGUGGGGGACUGGGGAGGGGUCCCCAAUGCCCCGUUCCACACAGCCCGGGAAAUGGCCAAUGCCAAGGCGAUUGCCACAACUGUGAAGACCCUGGGCGCAGAUUUCAUCCUGUCCCUGGGGGACAAUUUCUACUUCACUGGGGUGCAUGAUGCCAAAGACAAGAGGUUCCAGGAGACCUUUGAAGAUGUGUUUUCUGACCCCUCCCUCCGCAAUGUGCCCUGGCACGUGCUGGCUGGCAACCACGACCAUCUGGGGAAUGUUUCGGCACAGAUAGCCUAUUCUAAGAUCUCCAAGCGCUGGAACUUCCCCAGCCCUUACUACCGCCUGCGCUUCAAGAUCCCACAGUCCAAUGUGUCCGUGGCCAUCUUCAUGCUGGACACGGUGACGCUGUGUGGCAACUCGGAUGACUUUGUCAGCCAGCAACCCGAGAGACCCCGCAACCUGGCGCUGGCCCGCACACAGCUGGCCUGGAUCAAGAAGCAGCUGGCGGCAGCCAAGGAGGACUAUGUGCUGGUGGCCGGCCACUAUCCUGUGUGGUCCAUCGCCGAGCAUGGACCCACCCACUGCCUAGUCAAGCAGUUGCUGCCACUGCUGACCACACACAAGGUCACUGCCUACCUGUGCGGCCAUGACCACAACCUGCAGUACCUUCAGGAUGAGAAUGGCUUGGGCUUUGUGCUGAGCGGGGCCGGGAACUUCAUGGACCCCUCCAAGAAGCACCUGCGCAAGGUCCCCAACGGCUACCUGCGCUUCCAUUUUGGGGCUGAGAACUCACUAGGUGGCUUCGCCUACGUGGAGAUCACCCCCAAAGAGAUGAGCGUCACUUACAUUGAAGCCUCGGGCAAGUCACUCUUCAAGACCAAGUUGCCAAGGCGAGCCAGGUCUGAGCACCAGCACCGACGGGCCUGAGAGGUGCCUCCCUGCUGGCAGGUGGGUGGGUGGGCCCCACUGGGGGCCAUCCCCCCCAGCCCUUAAGCAGGCUUUCCUGGGUACCUGUGGUGCUACGGCAGAGCGGGAAGGAGAUGGACAGAUGAGGAAAUGUGAUGCCAAGUGGCCCUUGUGACAAGGAUGCCCACAGAGGUGAAAGAAGCAUGGACACAUACAUGUACCGGCCAGAGUGCCAAGCCCCAUGGCCGGGCUCGCCCAGCCUGAGUUCCGGGCAAUGGGGGGUGAGGAAGGAAAGCUCUCUCCUGGGUCAGGCAUCCUUCUGUCACUGCCAAAUAGUUAAUAAAAAAAAAAAUAGUUGCAAAGGCUGAA